CUCUAAUUUACUCAUCUGCUCCCCUAGUUAUUCAUUCUUGUCUACAAGUGACAAGAUCCAUAACUGAACUUGGCAGAACGCAUUGCAGCCAUUUUCCAUGCAGGGUGUGUGCGUGUUCUUCAGAAAGAGGAUUGCGGAAAAGCUGCAUACUUUUUUUUCCCCCUUCUAAACCAAUCAGCAUUGCUGUGGUAUGAGUCACUCCCACACCCUUUCCUUUUAUGACAAAGAGGGGAGGGGCUGUUUCUCAGACCGGACAGUGAAAUGGUGGCUGCUUGUACAAACAGCAGCAGCACCACUAGGAACUGAGCAGCUACAGACACAUUUACAGAAUCAGCCGAGACUGAAAGCCUAGAAGAACCAAAGAUUCAGACCCAUCUAUGGCAGAAAAACAGCAGAUCAAAGCGACUGCGGUCAAAGUGCUGUGCUAUGUGGAGAAGAUCUCCUCCUUCGCCUCCAACAUAGACCCUCUCUUUGGGAUUGUGACUUCAGUGGUUGGGGUGGUUAGGAAAGGCCUCGUGGAUGAGGAGGAAAAUGAGAUGGACAAGGACUUCAAACAGAUCCAUCAGAAGCUGGAAACCAUCUCAGAGAAGAACAAGCAGACCCUGCGGCAGAUCCGCAUCGACGAAAUCAAUGAGACUUAUGGUAAACAUGAGGAAAUCAUCAAGCAUCAGUACAAGGCUUUCAACAACAUGCUGGAAAAUGUAAAACUGGACCCCGAGCACUCAGAUCGUCACAUGAAGGAUUUUGUGAAGAUCUACGAGAAUGAUAAGAUGGAUCUCAGCUUAGAUACGUAUUACCGUGGAGUGAAGGGUGCCGUUCUGUUUGGGAAGCCCAUGCUGCAGGUUUACCUGGAGAACUGCCAAAGAAACAAAAAGGUGAUGGAGGCCCGUUGCUCUCACAUCGCACACCUGUUCUACAUCGGUCUAAUGGCACUGAUGGCCUACUACGCCGUCACUGAAGAUGACGAGGAUGAAGUGAGAGACAAAUGGUGCCCGAGGGUCAUUGAAAUUCAAGCCAAGAUGCAAGAAGUUCUGGAACAGUGCACUGAGGAAAACUGAAGUGGGAACAUUGCACUGAACAAUUGCUGAGACUAUUCAUUUCAUAUGCUGAAAGUCUUGAAUUAGGAAGUUUAAAUAAAUCGUGUGGGGUGUAAAAGGGGUGAAUCUUUUCCUGCUUGCCAAUGGACUUUUCAAUGCAAUACUGAAGUAGUGCAAAGUUCUUAACACUGUAUAUCGCAGUUAAAAAAAAUUUUUUUAGUAUGUUAAGCAUGUUUUGGUCAUUAUUGUUGCUGAAUAUAUUGCAAAAAAAAAAUCAUAAUACCCUUUGAUGCGAGUUACACAAGUUCGUAUGAAUUAUUAUAUAAUUGUUUGCUUAUGUUUUGUGGAACAUCUCUCAUUCUUUGCACAAUAAAUAAAUCUAUUUUUUUUCUGUCAUGUCAUUGCAGUAAG